AUGACACCACGAUACAGGGUUAACAUCCGUACCCGGUUCAGUACUCAACACUUCGAUCCUGGGAAUCUAUCUCACCUUCCCACGGUCACUCCCCUACCCCCUUUAAACCCCUCACCCCCCUCCCAUUGGCUGAUUGGCGUACGACGAGAAUCCCAAGCUCAAUCAAACGGAGGUUCACCGUUCUACGGAGUGUAUGUCAAAGGUGGCGGCAAGGAACUUGUACUGCCUUUCGGGGCUUACAACGAUGAACUCCGAGGGAAAAAAAGAGGCAUUUAUGUUCAUUUGUUAAACUUGGUCGUUCAAUAUUCUAACACUCCAUCUUUUCACUAUAACCACAUAUCCAUACUUUACAUUUUACACAUUGCGGGAUACGAGUCGCAGGAUAUAGGAAAUAUAGGUUUUACAAGUCAGAUCAAGGAUACGAAAAAGGCUAUGCCUUAUUACACUACGACGUAUACGCCAAGACGAAGGAGUAGCAAUUGGUGGUCAUGUCUCUUCUGUAUAUCCGAUCCUUAUUACCCUCCUCCUAAUCAUAACCCUUACGCUCCACGUCAAACAAUGUUAAACCCUUCUUAUCCACCAUACUACUACAACCUACCCGUUUAUAACGAACCUAUGCAAGGUUCGAACAGAUGGAAGAAAACUCAACCGGGCGUCGUGGAUCCAGGUGGUCGAGGAGGUUAUUCGCCUUAUAGUACUAGAGAAGAUGAGAAGAGGACGGAGUCAGGGAAUUGUAUGAUUGUCAUUGUGUUGUGUACUCGUAUGGGUGUAGCGUAUGCUAUCAAUGUAAGGUGUUACGUGUAUUUAAAUCAUACUAGUGGUAGAAGCAGAUAA